GUCAGAGGCUGAAGAUCCUAGCGUUCAGACAUACAAAUCUAAGGUGAAGUCCACAUCUUGGCAAAGAAAUGAAGUCCAUCUUUGCUUUGUUGGUAUUCUUCUUUCUUCUCCUGGUUGCAAACCUCAGUUAUGCAAGAAAAGACCAGGGAGACUAUUGGAAGAAUAUGAUGAAUGACCAACCUAUGCCAGAAGCAAUCAGAGACCUCCUUGUUCAGGAUCCAAAAGUAUCAGAUGCAGGGAAGGAUCAUUUUAUUCGGGACUUUGAUAUAAAGCCUAAUAUUAUAUUAUAUCACACCCAUGUUGUGUCUAAGAAGCAGAAGCAGAAGCAGAAGGCCUUUGUCAAGAACUAUCAAGAAGGGUUGAAGCUCAAAUCAUUUGCUCAUGAUUAGCGACGUCAGAUACACACAUCUCUAGAUUGGAAUAUAGACCAUAGAUACCAUGAUGUUUAGUAUCUUGUAUUGAGAAAGGGAUUAGUAUUUAAGGUUUUUUUUGUAUGACAGCUAUUGAUGUUUCUAAAUCUCUCUUUCUGUUGAACGCUUGAACCCUUUGUUUAAAGAUGUAUUUUUAUGGUUAUCCUUUUUUUGAUGCAUCUAUUUUUUGGGUCCUUCAGAUUUUUUAUAAUCAA